AUGACACAGAAUAUUUCAGCAUUAAAAACAAACGGAAUAAUGGGAGGACUUAUUAUUGGUAGCACCAUAGUAGGAAUCCUUCUGAAGAUUAUUUCAAGGUAUACAGUGGAUGGGAAGCAAUUUAAACAUCCAUAUUUCAUUACAAUGACCUUCUUUUUGGGAGAAGCUCUUUGUUUGCUCUUCUACCAUUUGGACCCAAGGAAGAACACUGAGAAGGAAAGAGCCUUAUCUAAGGGCUUAAGAGUGAACAGCUCUCCAUUCUUGUUCAUUAUUCCAGCUUUACUCGAUGCACUUAGAAAUCUUUUGUUCAUCAUUGGAGUCAUGUUCGUACCAGCCAGCGUCAGCAAUAUGAUGGGUGCACUCGUUGUUGUGCUUACCACAAUACUUGUCAGAAUAUUUUUGAAGAAGAAAUACCAUAGACAUCACUUACUCGGACUUAUCUGAAUCUCAGUUGGAGUUUCCUUUGUUGUAGUGGCCCAGUUCACUAAUCCUAGUCGUUCGAAGGACCAGCAUUCUCAUCAUGAACUCAUUAUUGGAAUCACGUCUAUAGUUAUUUCAGUCUUGAUCCAAGCUGUACAAUUUAUUAUCGAAGAAAAGCUCCUCUCAAACGUGUAUGUUAGUGCUAGAAGAAUUACAGGAUGGGAAGGAAUCUGGGGUCUUCUAUUCUUCAUUAUCUUCCUAAGCAUUGCUCAGAACGUUCAGUGAGACAACCACUUGUGCCAUAACGGAGUCCUUGAGGAUACUGUAUUGGCCUUUACUCAGGCAGCUCACUCUCCAUUCAUAUUGAUCAGUUUGUUGCUUCUUGCUGUCUUCGGAUGUCUUCUGAAUACUUUUGGUAUAAUGAUUACCAAGUUUGCUUCCUCAGCUCAUAGAGCCACAAUAAGCCAAGUGAAGGUCGUACUCAUCUGGAUCUUCUUUCUACUAUACUCUGGAUACGGAACAGGAGAAGACUUCCUCGUUUUGCAAUUCAUUGGCUUCAUAGUACUAGUAUCAGGGGUGAUCAUAUUCAAUGAAAUAUUGGAGAUUCCAAUAUUAGGUCUCAAUAGAAACACCAAAAAGUCCAAGGACUUGAGAGAUGCAUCCAUCACUACUAAAUCCGUCUGGAUGCUGAAUGAAGACAUCUCUCAUGACGGAGAUAUGACUCUAGUAGAAUCCCAUCCAUUAUCUGUGGAUUCUAAGGCAUCAAUAUAUCAUAACGUGCUUGCUAGCACGAGGUCGUACGAUACCUCAAUCUAAUUAAUCUAACCUAAUC